AUUAAAAUGAAAAAAACAAUAUUCCGAAACAGAAUAGAUUCACGUGACAACACCACGUUUGGCGUGAACUGUUGUUGUAGUUCAAUAAAAUUAUAUUACCAACGUAUUGAUGCAUUAUUUGAUAUAUUUUUUUCAAUAAAUAUUAAAACAUGCAUUUGAAAAAUGCAAUUAAAGUUACAAUUAAAUUUGCAACAAAGAGCAGCGUUGCGUGUUUCAAUAUCAUUUUGGGGGAAAAAAAAUUUACAAGACAAGGUAAAAAUAUUCUUUAAUAAUUAUGGUGACUUAGAUGAUCAUAACAGUAAAUAUGAAUGGAAGAAGUUCAUAAAAAAAGCAUUGGAUGAGUGGAAUAGAGAUCUAUUACCUUUACAUUUAGAAAGAGACUUGAUACAUAUUAUAAAGGAAAUAGGAGAAAAAAUAUAUAAUUGGUAUCAGUACAUUGAGCAUGAAAAUGAAUCCCAAUAUGGAGAAAAACGAGCGGCAAUUAAAUAUAUCGACAGAAUAUAUUGGACGCCUUAUGGCACUGCUGAUGAAGUCAAAAUAUUGGAGACAUUUUGGUUGAAAAAUUUACAUCUAAAUGUUGCGAAAGUGUACAACAUUGCAUGCAGUGAUGCCUUGGAAGAACACAUCAAUGACUUAUGGGAAAAAAUACUACCCAAAAUUCAAAAAGAAUUUUAUAAUGACAUAUAUAAGAAUUAUGAUCGACACAUUUUAGCUUAUUGGAAACAUCGUAGAGAUGGAGAUUUAUCAAACUUAAUUUCGCACUAUGAAGCAACUGCAAGCGAUUUUAUUAGAAGAGAACUAUAUGAUUAUGGAUAUGAUUUAAAUGAUUCUGUUGAUCAAAAUAUGUUGUGGUUGUCGGUACAUCAAGGAUACAGUUUAGCUGUAAAAUAUUUUUGGAAAAAAUUAACAGUGGAGCAGAGGAACAACAGUGUAAUAAACUGUGCUCGUACAGCUGUAUUAAAUUAUGGUAUUUACGAAAAUUCAGAAGAACAUGUAGCAAGCUAUAAAAAAGAAAAAUAUAUAGAAAUUUACAUCUUUUUGAUCAAUCAAAUGACUAAUGAUCAAAGACUGUUAUUUUAUAAUCGAUUACUGUUCGAUAAUGAAGAAGAUCCACUUAGUUUUAAAGACUAUUGUAUGGGAGCAACAGUUCUAAGGAUGUUUUUCUUUGUCUGGCCCUGGCAAGAACUACUCAUACCUGUAUUAAAUAAUGUACUGCAAUAUUCACAACAUAAAAGUCAUACUGUUUAUUAUUUAUUAGAAGAAAUUACAGAUAAAAUAAUUGAAAACCAUCAAUUGGGUUAUGUCACAGAAAAUAGUAAAUAUCAAAGUAUUUUACAUGAAGUUUGGUGUAGCAUUCCAAAAUCAGUUAAACUAAAAAUUGUAGACGAGCUUCCUUAUGAAAAUGUUAUAAGUAAGUUGAUAGCUCUUGGAGAUAUAAAUAGUAUUAAAUUAAUAUUUAAUGAUCCAGCAAUAGUAGAUGUCAGGGAUGAGUUUAUAGGAUCAGGAAAAGAUGGAUAUAUUGAAUUAAUUGAAAAUAAUCAAUAUGAGUUAUUAAAUCAGUUGAUAAGAGAGAUAUUUAAUUGUGAAAAAGAUAAAAAAUUGUUCAGGCAAAACAUGAAUAUUUGGGAAUACUUUAUCGUCAAAGACCAAUAUGACCAGGUUGAUAAGCUACUGGAUUGGCAAUGUAGUACACCUGAAGAGAGGCAAUAUCUUAAAAGUGGGAUAGAUUAUCUAAGACUUUGUCAAUAUUUUAUUGAUAAAGAACAAUAUGAUUUGGCAGAUAAGUAUCUAAAUUGGCAAUUUGCAACGAAGGAGGAGAGUAAAAGAUGCAUAGAUUUUUUCCUAAAUGACAUUUCUUCAAUUGAAAGGAUAUAUGAUUUCUGGAAGUCGUGCGGAAUAAAUAUUAAUAAUGCAAUGGAGAAAUCUUCAAAUUUUUUAUCCUGGUUGUUGGAGUCAGACGAAAAAGUAGCAUACUUCAAAAAAGAAAAAAUAGUUAAUUCCGUGCGAGAAACGUUGUUCACUGAUUUUUUUCUCAUUCAGGACCUCGUUAGUACUAUGGAAGCAUUCUUAUUUUGGUGCCUGCCAUCACAAGAGGAAAUUCAGCAAACAAAGCAAGUAAUAGGCCAUAAGAUAGGACGUGCAAAAUGCAGAAAGUACAUAUCAACGGGCCAUGCAGAAUUAGCAGAAAGUUUCAUCAAAUGGGCGUUGAAUGAAGAAAAGUUGAUUCAAUCUUUUAUCAGAGAGUUCAUCAUGUCUGAUGAAGGGGUGGCUUUUUGUCAUGAUUUUAUAAAAACAAAAAAUUACACGUCAUAUGAUAUGCCUACUACUACAAAAGUAAAAAGAGGAGAACAGUAUAAUGCGUUCAUAGAUUUUUGGAUAAAACCUCUACAUGAAAUCCAUCAAUUUCGCAUUAAGUUCAUGAACUGUGAAAUAGCUUAUUUAAAUCGAAUGCAUAAAGAAAAUUGUGAAAAAUUCAUACGUUUUAUUGAAGAUCUAGAAGUAAAUUAGCGAAUCCAAAGAAGUUUAUAUUUUUUUAGAGUAAGUAUAUUUGUAAAUAAGUAUAUUCAAUGUGAUAUAGAAUUUAUCGAAGCAUUGGAAAUCGAUAUAUCUGACGAAAUAUCUGAACGGCGCCGUGCAAAGAUCCAGCGUCGAUCAAUCGACAUUGACGAAGAUGUGAAUAACAUCACUGUACGACAUCAUAAAACUGAUGACCUUCCCGCCUCAACUAAUGUUAACACCGAUUAUGCUCCUCUGAGCAUUCCGCAAGCUAUCAAUAUCCUAAAUGAUAAUCACUAUAAUAGCGAAUUCAUCAAUGUAGAACACACUGACAAUGACUCUUUUCAACCAUCCACUAACAAUUUCGUUCCACGUUCAUUACCUUCUGCAAUAAAUAUUAAAGACGUCAAAUUGAAUUUGCCAUAUUUCAAUUCCAAUAUCGCUGAGUCAUCAUGUAACAAUGACAAUUACGUAGAUAAUUCAAUAGUUCAUCCAAUAAAUCAUAUACCGAGUUUGAUAGAUAUGAGCACUUUAAAAACUGAGCUGUUAGAUUCACUAUCCCAAAUGAUUAUCCCCUAAAUUGAAGAUAUAAAAAAACAAUUGGAUACUUUCAAACAGGAUAUCAUAAAUUUAAUAACGCAAAAAAAAUUAUUCAUUUGAAAAACCUCUUCAAUUUCCUUGAAAAACGAUCGAAGAGUUCGAAUCGUUUGAAAAAGAUUCCUAACUAAAAAUGUCAUUGCAAGGUUUUCUAGAAAAAUUAGGAGGAACCGAUCUGCAACUAGUAUUGAAUAAUUUUUUGGCCGAAGCAAUGUCUUCCUAAUUGUCCGUUCAUUUCAACUAGAAGCAAGAUAAAAGCAAAGACAGCCAGCAGACUGUUAUUUAAAUCAAAACUUGCGAAUGUAUUUCUUAAUGCAUUAUCCAAUUACCCGUUUUCUCUGAUAGAACAGUAUUUAGUGCUGGUAUGAUUCAAGCAAUAUGUGCCUUGAAAUAGCGUCACCGCGAUUUGCUGCGACGUCAAAUAAAAAACAACAAUGAAAGUUGAAAAUGAUGAGACAAAAGAUAGUAUAAUAAUGAAUAAAUUACUUAUCUUUUUUUAUAAUAAAAUAUUAAAAUUAAUCACUAACACUUUCAUUGAAUAUUAAUGUAUACCUUUACGUAAAAAAUUAUAAGUGUGUGUGUG